AUGAUACCCCAACCUGAGAACUGCAAGCUCAUGAAUCCUAGCUCAAAUAUGUCUUCCAUGGAGGAGCCUCUGCUGCCUCUAUUCCAGCGUAAUCAGAAGUAUUCUUCCUCCAAGCAAGACAGAAGCAAAUCAUGCGAUGUCCCAAACAGGUGUGCACCUUCCUUUCAUCCAGACACUAAUGUCAAAGCUAGCCUCAGUACUCUCAAUCAUCCUCCAGCCACUAAUGAAAACACCAAUAUAGUAUCCACGCCGACUUUACAGCGGGUGCAUUCUUCACCUUCUAUAUUCACAUCAAUCAAAGAAGCUCCCUGUGCACAUGAGCUUGGCAAGCAAAGCCCUUCUGCACAAUACACACCAUCAAUUACAAGGCAAGCUAUUGUUAGUGUCAUCCUAUACAUCUCAAUAGGAGUCACGGUGUACAUGACAAAUGUUGAAGGCUUCAAGGGGAAAUCCACGUUUAAGUUAGUGGAUGCCCUGUACUUCACCAUCAUAAGCUUGUGCACCAUUGGGUAUGGUGACAUAGUCCCUUGCACUACCUUCACAAAGGUGUUCACAUGCUUGUUUCUACUAAUAGGUGUUCGCUUUGUUGACAUUAUGCUAAAUGGACUGUUGACAAAUGUGCUAGACAAGCAGAGAACAGUCCUACUUAGCACAAUGGAUGACAAUAAGCUGAACAGGGUAUUUGACACAUACAUGAUCGAUGCUGAAAAGAAAAGGUCAAGAGGGAAGAUGAAAGUACUACUUGCACUAGGCGUUGUUGCAGGGACUAUCUCAAUUUGUACAAUCAUAGUACAUGAGGUGGAGGGCCUAAAUUGGAUUGACAGCUUCUAUUUAUCAGUCAUUUCUGUGACAACAGUUGGAUAUGGGGAUUAUGGCUUCUCAACUACAGCUGGAAGGCUCUCCGCGACUGUGUGUCUGUUGGUGAGCACGUUGGCAGUUGGCAAGGCAUUCUUGUUCCUAACGGAUCUAAGGAUGGACAGAAGGAACCGACGAACUACAAAAUGGAUCCUCCAGAAGAAAAUGGACAAUGAGCCGCUUGCUGCAGACCUUGAUAACAAUGCAGCUGUAAGCAAAUCAGAUUUUAUGAUCUACAAGCUGAAAGAGAUGGGGAAGAUCGACGAGAAAGAUGUCACGAUGAUCUCAGACCAGUUUGAUCAGCUAGGCCUUGCAAAAUGUGGAAAUGUUGCUCUUGCUGACAUAAUUGGAAACUUAUGA